AUGCAGUCCUCAGACCCACGCCACUUCUUCGAGACCGAUGCGGAGAUCGCAAAGAGAGAGAGGAGGGAAGCCAAGACCAGUAACACCUAUGGCAACCCCAUCAAGCUCAAGUCCAAGAUCCUUGGGGCCGUUGUUGACCCCCGUGCUCCCUCAUCGGCCAUCUUUGUAGCCGAGUCCGCCGGGUCAGUCCGGAGAGUCCAGGUCGAUGGUGAGGGAGACACAAGGACAGUCUACCGCGGCCCCACGACACCCGUCAGUUGUGUAGCUGUUGGUGGCCCCGGAAACAAGACCGUCUUUGCCGGUGCCUGGGACAAGAACAUCUGGUCCUGGGACAUCGAUACCAAGGCUCCGGGCCGCAAAUAUGCUGGUCACUCGGACUUCGUCAAAGCCAUCGUUUGCGCAAAGCUGGGCGGAAAGGAUGUUCUGGUCAGUGGUGGUGCUGACAAGAAGAUCGUUGUUUGGGACAUUGCAACCGGCUCCAAGCUUCAUGUGCUACAGGACAGCGUGGUGAACAUGCUCAGCAUCCAGGACCUGGUCGUCGACCCUGCUUCUUCGUCACCGGAUGAGUUGUGUAUCAUCAGUGCCAGCAGCGACCCGCACAUCCGCCGUUGGAAGAUUCGUUUAGAUGGGUGGGAGCAGUUUGCGGAGCCUGACCCUGCUACCCCGGCAGCAGAGCGACAUACCAUUCUUGAGCACGAGACGACCGUCUAUAAGCUGGUCAUUGAUCACGACGGCGAUGAGGCCGACUUGUGGUCCGCGAGCGGUGACGGAUCCGCCAAAUGUCUGUCCAGAAUCAAGGGCUUCACUGCUGACGACACUUUCGAGCACGGCGACCAUGUCCGUGCCGUGGCGGUCACAGAUCAAUGGGUCAUCACCGCCGGACGCGAUGAAGACCUCAAGGUCUGGGACCGGACUUCAGGCAAACUUUACUGCUCCCUGGAGGGUCACUAUGACGAAGUGACCGAGCUGGUCAUUCUUAGGGGCUCCGUCGGAUCAAGCGAGCGCGUUUGCAGUGUGAGCAUUGAUGGUACCAUCCGGACGUGGCCCUUGGACAAGGCUAGUCUAGAUGCUGCCGUCGAGGAGCAAAAGAAGCCUAUCAAGCCUGCAGAGGAGGAGAAACCCGAUGGUGAAGGGCUAUUGACGGCUGAUGAAGAGGCCGAGCUUGCCGCCCUGAUGGAGGAUGACGCUUAA